AUGGUCUGUGUUGCCAGCGCCGCGUGCCCGGGCACGCACGGGCGAUGGGAGCUCGGGGCGCUGCAGCAGCGCUCGGCGGAGCGGCUGUCCUCAGGCUCCAGAGAUGAAAUUCUAAGAGACAAACGUGCCCAAAUCCAGUCCCGUGGCCUUCCAAAGCAAAAACCAAUAGAAGGAGUUAAGCAGAUAUUGGUUUUGGCUUCUGGGAAAGGUGGAGUUGGAAAAUCAACAACAGCAGUAAAUAUAGCCCUCGCACUAGCAGCAAAUGAUUCGACAAAAGAAGUUGGCUUGCUUGAUGCAGACAUAUAUGGGCCUUCAAUUCCGAAGAUGAUGAACUUGAAAGGAAACCCAGAAUUAACACCAAAAAAUCUAAUGAGACCUCUUAAGAACUAUGGCAUUGCUUGUAUGUCUAUGGGUUUUCUGAUAGAAGAGACUGCUCCGGUUGUGUGGAGGGGGCUCAUGGUAAUGUCUGCCAUUGAGAAAUUGCUGAGGCAGGUUGACUGGGGCCAACUGGACUAUUUAGUAAUUGACAUGCCGCCUGGAACCGGGGACGUGCAGCUCUCAGUCUCGCAGAACGUUCCUAUUGCAGGAGCUGUGAUCAUCUCCACUCCACAAGACAUCGCGUUAUUAGAUGCACGUAAAGGAGCUGAAAUGUUUAGAAAAGUCCAUGUGCCUGUUUUAGGACUUGUUCAAAAUAUGAGUGUUUUCCAGUGCCCCAAAUGUAAACACGAGACGCAUAUUUUUGGAGCUGAUGGUGUAAGAGAUCUUGCAAAAAGCCUUGAACUGGAUAUAUUAGGAGACAUUCCAUUGCAUGUUAAUAUACGGGAGACAUGUGAUUCAGGACAACCUGUUGUGAUCUCACAGCCUCAAAGUGAUGCAGCYAAAGCCUAUCUCAGGAUAGCUAUGGAAAUAGUAAAACGACUGCCAGUGCCUCCUGCUUGAAGUGUUUACCACUAAAACUUACCAAUAAAGCAGUGGAAGAAGAGACSUGAUACUUAAUUAUAUGGACUUCAUAUUUGAUUUAUAAAAACUUUUCAAAAACUCGUUUCCCAGAGUUUAAAAUACGAUUGUGGUGUUUACUGUUUUUCAAGUUAUGAAAAACAUGGCCGUGUCCAAAUGCUGGUUGAAAAGAUCUAUGAACAAGAAGGAAUAAAGUACGGAUUUUGGAUGUCUUCUACACAAAGUCAUCACUGAAAGCCAGAUGUUGCACCUGAGAUCACUUUGCCAGCAGAUGCAAAUGAUCAUGAUAAAUUAUUUAUAAUUGCAUAUUUUUAGUACAAUGCAGCAACUUCAACAUUGAGUAUAGAGCUACAACACRGAAAGAAAGAAAGAUUUGAUCUUCAGACUGCAUGACCUUCUGUUUUUUGGGUUUKGGGUGUUUUUUUGUUUUAUUGUCUGGUAUUCUGUGAUCUUUGUACUAGAAUGUGGAAGUAAAGAAAAUACCUUCAGAGAAUGACUUUCCAUGUGCAAUUAAAUGUUUCAGUUGACAUUUAGGCUCACUCGUUUAUAAAGUAUAAACAUACUAACCAUAAGAUCUUAUCCAUACUGAAAUCUGGGAGUUUUGUUAUUGACCACAGUGAGAUCAACAUUUUUUCCUGCACUACAAAUAAGAAUGUGUAAAUUCUGAAUUAGUUGUUUUUCCUAUUGGAGUUCUGGAACAUAAAAAGUUAAUAUUCUAUUAGGAACAUUUAAAUCAUGCACAAAUGGAGUUUGCAUUGGAAAGGCAGACAUGUAAAAUGUAAAUUAGUCCAAAAUUGCUCUUUUACUUUUGGUCAGUAUCUAUGCAUGUACUUGAAMUGCCACACCCAUCAAAAGUGAUUUUUUUUAGCCACUAAUACUCUGGUUUGUGGAUUUCUUUAGGCCUUAAAUUUCUCAUCGUAAUAACAAAAGGUUAAGUUGUUGCUUGAAAUUGUUAAAGAAAAAUACUUUACAAAUCAGAUUUUCUCUAGUAAUUCCUUCUAAUUCCAUUUAGGCUUAAAUCCUUAGCCAUGUUAGUUUCUCUGGUACAUCAGUGAAYAGGGGUGUGUGUGGUGGUGGGGAAACAGGAGAAGUAGCUCAUCUUUGGUGUAUUAACCAAAAAAAACCCUUAAGUGUGAACUUCUCUUCAAAUUAGAUAGACUCAUUUGGCAGAACAUACUGGUUCUAGCUUUCUCUAUGCUAAUUACUGCUGGGAAACUUUAGAUUUCUGCUAACAUCUCUGUUUUAAAUGUUACCUACUGAGUAUGGUGCCAACAUGAAUGUUUUAAAUAUUUGAAAGUUGGGAUGAAAUUUAUUUUGCUUCAAUAUACUCAAAUUAUCUCUUUUACUGAGCAUAGUGAGCAUUUUUAGAAGGAGAUUGGAGGCAAACCACUGAAUUUGUUCUCUAUCAAGUGUACAGAGAAACUGAGUUCCUUUUUCUGAUAGUGUCAGAGGAAGCUGCCUGUAUUAAAUGGUUAAAUGCCUAAAACAGAUACACUUUAGAGUGUACUUUAGAGGGGGAGUUAGUUUAUUAAUGUUGUAUAUGAUCCUUGCAGGAAAGAAAGCUUUGUAGAAAUAUUUUAACAAAUAUCUAUUUGUUUUUCCCAGUCUGCAAUAUAUUUAAAGAUGAAUUAGCAGCUAUUGAUUGGUAUCACCUGCAUUUAUUUCGGUGUUUUUGGAGGGUUUUUGGUUUUUUUCCACACAAGUUUUGGUACCCCAACUGUUCAUUCCAUUUGCACAGAGCUGCCAUGUGGUCCCUUAAAGCUUCCACUGAAAACAGUGGAAAAGCUGACUUUCAGUGGGAUUUAAAAAAAUGCCCAUAGAGAUGGUCACAUGAGGAAUGUUGACAUGUUCAAAUACAUUAAUAUUUUUAGCAAGAUCUGUAUCUGCUGACACACCUGAGUUCUGAAUGGUCAAGUUACUAUUUGUGGACAGAAAGAGAAAAGGGAAAUCUCCCCAGCAGCUGGCAGGGGAGAGAAGCAACGAGGGUCUCCAGAUGAACCCUUCUGCAUGGUGUGGCCUCUCCAGUGCUCCAGGUAGAUUCCUCUUCCUUCCUUUCCCAUAAUAACUAUGUGUUUUCAUCAGGGCCUGUGCCUGCUUAUGAUACUGUUAGCCCUGAUAGGAGCAGGCUUUGAUCUUGGGCAGGCGCUGCAUACUUGGGAGGCCUUGCUCACCUGUACUGCUGAGCCUCCCAAUGUAAAGACAGCGAGGGCAGAAGGGAUGAUGCUCAUGACUGUGAGAGAAGACCUUGCCUCCUAGAAGACCUUGCUGUAACAACGAUAUUUGGCUUGUGGGUGGUAGGCCUGUAGAGUAACAGCAGAUGAACAGUAAUAAGGAAAAAUACAGGGCAGUUUAGGUGAAAGAUAAGAGAGCUGCAAGUGAAAGGUGGGCUACGCAGUUGCAAAUAGCUUUAGCAUUGCAAAAGGUAAGGCACCUAGGGCACUGUGUUCCAAGGUAAGGGGUUUUAGGUGCUCUGGCAGUGCAGAUAAUAGGAUAUGCAACYUUGAGAUUGACAUAUAAACUCUAUAGUCCCAUACCUAAGUUUUUCCUUUAACAAAGGGAGUGUGGCAUCAUUACUGUGGGCACUUCCAUUUAUCAUUGAUGUGGGAAGCAUCUCCGUGCUGGCUUUUCCACAAAGACUGCAGUGCUUGCACGGGUUUCAAGAGACUUGUUCUGUGUUUCACUUCACUUGAAAAGAUUCAAAUCCUUAACUCCUAACUCACCUCCUCCUUAACUGGAGGACCUGGCCUAGACCUUGCUAAGGCCUAGACCUUGCUAAGGAGUACCAGGGAGUGUUGU